CAUUCUCACCAUCAGUUAUCUCUCCAAAUUGAAAGGAACGAUCAUCAUAACAGACUCUCAAGAUGUCAUUCUUCAAGAAAGCUGCUGAGAAACUCAAAGACGCUCAAUCUGAAGCGGUGGACAAAUUUAAUCAACUCAAAAUAUCUCAUUCAUCAAAUAACGAUUCAUGUUCUUCAAAUGGACCACCACCUAUUCCACCCAGACCUACUCAUCGUCGUGAUCCCAAUACGACUGGUGCAAAAAACAAUCAAGGAAAAUUUAUCAUUAGGAACCCAAACACUGGUAAUUUGGAAGUCGAAGGUACAGGAGAGGUGAUCAAAUUUGCAAGCUUGUGUGCUCCAGAAUUGUUCGAUAACGAAGGAUUCGAGAAAGAGGAUACCAUGCGUACAAUCUCACAGUUCGGGAUUUGGCCAGUGACUAGAACCUAUACUCUGAAAGUCAAGUCUUGUAGGAUCAAUCGCGGUCACAUUAACGGAUGGGAUUGUGAACGAAAUGAUUUCAUGUACGAUGAAGAUAUGUUCAAGUCUAUUGACUAUACGAUCGCAAUGGCCGCCAAAUAUAACGUUCGAUUGAUCAUUCCGAUCAUCAAUCAAGACUUUGGAUCAGAAGAAACCAAUUGGGUUGGAAACUUUAGUGAUCUGAUUAGACAUCGACAUGGUUUAAAAGAUUGGCAUGAAGCUCAACAAAUGAAUUGGUGGGAACAUCCAGAUUGUAUUGAUUCCAUGAAAAAGAUCGUUACGUUUCUUUUGAAUAGGGGAUACGCGAUUGAAAUGGGUGUAACUGAGACUUCUGAUCUCUUCAGAGGCAUCAAGAGUCUGGCACCCAGAACAUUAAUUAUGGAUGGAUCAUUUGCAAGGACUGAUGCCAUUCAAUAUAGUUAUGAGAAAAAGGUCUUAGAGAGUGAUUUGGUAGAUAUCAUCAGUUGGCAUUAUUAUGGCUACGGCGAAAAACGUAGAGUACGAGAUGAUGUCGAAGCAGCACGUAACCACAAAAAAGCGUUUAUUUGUGGAGAAUAUGGAUUCUUUGCACAUGGACAUGAGUUUGAAAACUUUCUGAAGCAUUGCUCUGACCAUGGUGUCGCCGGUACCUUAGCAUGGUCUUUAAGACCGCACUCUGCCAAAGGAGGCUUCAAAACACACGGCGAAGGUAAUGGGAUUUGGUCCUACCAUGCUCCAGGUUGGAAGCCUUAUCAAAAUGGCCAGGACGAUCCAGAAUGGGAUCAUCGAGAAAAAGAUGUCAUUGGAGCCAUCAGGAAGGCUGCCUUCAAACUGACUGGUGAUAAGCCACCUAAAAUUGAAUUGGAUGCACCUUACGUCUUUCUGGUUGAUGAAGGACAAAGCUUUAGUUGGAGAGGAACUGCUUGGGCUGAUCAUUAUGAAGUUUGGUGCAAUACAAGUGGUGGGGCAGAAGAUGGAUGGACGUUGUGCCAAGGUGGUGUGACUGAUAAUGUUAAGGAAGGUAGAUUAAAGUAUCCUUCUCAAGUUAUCUAUGACCAGAUUGGAAUGCAAGGAGCUCAGAUCUCUCUAAGGAUGAGAGGGAUGACUAGCGAAAAACAACCUGGACCAUUCUCAAAUGUGAUCAAUAUAUAGACAAUAGUUUGCUUUGGUUUUGAAUUUCAAUUUACUUGUUUAAUCUAUUUAACACUCAAUAUUAACCUUUGAUACCUUUGAGAAUGAGAUUGUAUCUGAUGAUGAUGAUCUUGAGGACAUUUUUGUACAUUUCAAAUCAGGGUCAAGAUAGCUUUGAUUUUUCCAAGUUUUUGAAAAAAAAUCUUCAUCAAACCGUUGAGAAAGGAUUGGCAUGGAUAUUUCUUAUUGAUAAAUAUCAUAUAUCAAGGUUUUGAUUUGAUGACC